GAUUUGUUUUCUUCAUUUUGUUCUUCAAUUCUGAAGUCUAAUUUUUAUUUUAAUAGAGCGCCCGCGCAUUGGAUUCAUUUAACUUAUAUACUUUUGCGCCCUACUGCCAACUCUAAAAUACCACACAACCAUAUUGACCACACCACAAAGUUUUAAACAUGGGUAAAAAGAAGGGAAACAAAGCUGCCUAUGACGACGAUAUCUGGGCCGACGAUAUUCUACAGGAGGAGGCUGCUCAGGCGGGGACUGCUGCCGCCACUGAUGCCGCUGAUGUUCCGGCUGGGGGCGAGGAGGGCACCGGAGGGCUUAUGAGCAUGCUCAUGCGGGCGAAGAAGAACAAGAAGAACAAGGGUGGUGCCUCGGCCCCGAUGUCCAAUACUGAUGCUGACGCUGACGCUGACGCAGACGCUGAUGCACCUGUCUCUGUUGCCGCCUCCACAGCCAACGACCAGGACGAUGAAUCCGGCCCCGUCGUCAAAACCGCCAAGCAGAAGGAGCGCGAGAAGAAGGAGAAGGCGAAGCUACUGAAAAAGCAAAAGGCCGAUGAAGCCAAGGCCAAGCGCGAGGCUGAGCUCGCAGAGCUUGAGGCAUCUCUUGGUACCACAAAGGUUAGCGACUCUGUUGCCGCCGCUGAUGACAACGAGGAUGGCGCAGCUUCCAAGAACAAGAAGAAAAACAAGAAGAAGGGCAAGAAGGACGAUGGUGCCGAGCACCCUGCCGAGCAACCCAUCGAGGCCGCUGCAGCCCCCAAGAAGGACGACAAGAAGGAUGACAAGAAGAAGAAGGCCAAGAAGGGAGCCCCCAUUGCCGCCCUGCAAAAGAUGGUUGAGCAGCAGCGCCGCAUAGAGGAGGAGAUGAAGCGGGCAGAGGAGGAGGAGCGCCGGAGAUAUGAAGAGGCUGAGCGCCUGGCUGCCGAGGAGGAGGCCCGCAUUACCGCCGAGCGCGAGGCCAAGAAGGAGACCGACCAGCUGCGCCGCGACCAGCUCAGGCGCGAGGGCAAGCUGCUGAGCAAAAAGCAGAAGGAGGCCAAGGCGCGCCAGGAGCGCCAGCUCAAGGACCUUCUCGCAUCAGGUGUUCAGAUCUCGGGACUGACUGGUGAUGGCAAGGACAGUGACCAGGCGCCUCGCCGCGGCAACCGCAACGAGGCUGAGGAGCGCAAGCGCAAGGCUGCUGAGCGUAAGCGUCAGGAAGAGGAGGAUGAGAAUAAGCGUCUGGAGGAAGAGGCUGCACAGAAGGCGGCUGAGGCAGCCGAGGCCAAGUCCGACGGAUCCGACGUAGAGGGCGAUGACUGGGAGGCUCUUCUUGAUUCUAGCGAUGACGAGGAGGAGGACAAAUCUACUGAGAAUGUCAAAGAGGAGAGCGGCAGCGACGAGGACUCUGAGCCCGAGUCCGGGUCCGAGUCUGAGUCUGAGAGCGAGUCCGAAUCUGAGGAAAGCAGCUCAGAAGACGAGGAGCUCACUGCCAUGCAGAAGCAGACUGCUCUUCGCAAGCAGGCUGCCACGGCCCGUCGCGAGCAGCGUGUAAAGGAAGCCAUGGACGCGCGCUCUGUUGACAACCUGCGCUCGCCAAUUUGCUGUAUUCUGGGCCACGUAGACACGGGAAAGACCAAGCUACUCGACAAGAUCCGCCAAACCAACGUUCAGGGCGGCGAAGCUGGCGGUAUUACGCAGCAGAUCGGCGCCACUUACUUCCCUGCUGACGCGAUCCUGAAGAAGACGGCGGCCAUCAACAAGGGCGGCAAGCUUGAGAUCAAGGUGCCGGGUCUUUUGAUCAUCGACACCCCGGGUCACGAGUCGUUCACUAACCUUCGCACGCGCGGUUCCUCCCUUUGCAACAUCGCCAUCCUGGUUGUCGAUAUUAUGCACGGCCUCGAGCCUCAGACGCUCGAAUCCCUGCGCCUGUUGCGCGAUCGCAAGACGCCCUUUGUCGUGGCACUGAACAAGAUCGAUCGUAUCUACGACUGGAAGGCCGUCCCUGACAGCCCGUUCCGCGACUCGCUUGCCAUUCAGGCGCAGCAUUCACAGUCCGAAUUUGAAACUCGCGUUGCAAAGACGAUCACUGCCUUUGCCGAGCAGGGUCUCAACUCUGAGCUGUACUACAAGAACAAGAACAUCGGCAAGUACGUCUCGCUGGUUCCCACGUCGGCCAUCACGGGUGAGGGUAUCCCCGACAUGCUGGCGCUUUUGGUAUCGCUGACUCAGUCGCGCAUGUCCAACCAGCUCAUGUACCUGUCCGAGCUCGAGUGCACGGUUCUCGAGGUCAAGACUAUUGAGGGCCUGGGCACCACGAUUGACGUAGUCCUGUCCAACGGUGUGCUGCACGAGGGAGACCGGAUUGUUGUGUGUGGUUUGGAGGGACCCAUCGUCACAAAUGUGCGCGCGCUGCUGACCCCACAGCCCAUGCGCGAGCUGCGUGUGAAGUCAUCCUACGUGCACCACAAGUCCAUCAAGGCUGCAAUGGGUGUCAAAAUCUCUGCGCCUGGGCUCGAGAUGGCCAUUGCCGGAUCGCGUCUGAUGGUUGUCGGCCCUGAUGACGAUGAGGAGGAGCUGAUGGACGAGAUUAUGUCCGAUUUUGCCAACAUGAUGGAUUCGGUCGACAGGACCGGCAAGGGAGUGUGGGUUCAGGCAUCGACGCUCGGAUCUCUCGAGGCGCUUCUGGAGUUCUUGCGCACGUCCAAGAUUCCGGUUUCCGGAAUCAACAUUGGCCCUGUGCACAAAAAGGACGUCACCAGCGCGUCAACCAUGCUUGAGAAGGCCAAGGAGUACGCAGUCAUGCUCUGCUUUGACGUCAAGGUCGACAAGGACGCGCAGGAGAUGGCCAACAAGGUCGGUGUCAAGAUCUUUAAUGCCGAGAUUAUCUACCAUCUGUUCGACCAGUUUACCGCCCACAUGAAGACUGUGGCCGAGCAGAAGCGCAAGGAGCAGCUGGCCAAGGCUGUCUUCCCCUGCGUGCUCAAGAUGAUCAAGGGAGCUGUUAUCAACAAGCACAAUCCGCUCAUCCUGGGUGUCGACGUUAUUGAGGGCCAGCUUCGUUUGGGCACACCCGUGUGCGUCGUCAAGGUGAACCCUGAGACCAAGGUCCGCGAGGUCAUCAGCCUGGGAAAGGUUGCCAGUAUGGAGAUCAACCACAAGACCGUCGAUAUCGUGCGGAAGGGCGAGUCUGGCGCCGGAGUGGCUGUCCGUAUUGACUGCCCGUCCAACGAGCACCCCAAAACAUACGGUCGUCAGUUCGACGACAGUGACGAUAUCUACUCGCGCAUCACUCGCCGCAGCAUUGAUGUGCUCAAGGCGCAUUUCCGCGGGGAUAUGAGCAAGCCUGAUUGGGGUCUGGUCGUGGGUCUCAAGAAGAUUCUCAACAUCCAUUGAUUCGCCCUUGUUUUGUUUACUCUUACUCUUUACAAAUAUAACCGUUUUUAAAAUCAAAA